UCCAGCUGGAGAACCUCGAACAAUCUUGUGAACCAUGCACUCGAUGAACCUGUUGUCAAAGAACCUAAUUCAAAAUGGGACAGUUAGCAGAUUUUAUUGUACAAAGCCCCGCUAUUUUUGGGCUGCUAUGACAAAACCAUAAAAGAAGAGCUUGAUGACUUGCUCCGAACUGAAACGAAAAUUGGAGUCGGGGAGCUUCAACUGCCCGCUCUGCAUCUUUGCAAAGGAAAGAGCCCUACUAGGGAUCUUGAGGGUGUUCGUGCUUUAACACCUGCUGGACAUGCCACGUUGUUGAGUCUCAUUGGUAGAGCUCGUGGGUUUCUUUCUGCAGAAAGCUAUUUUGAUAAUUUGAAGGAUGGAGAUUAAACUUAUAUGACAUAUGUUGCUCUUCUGUACUGUUAUGUGGAGCACAGCCAGACAGACAAGUCCCUCUCUCACUUUCAGAAAAUGAAGGAGUUGGGUAUUGCCUCCUCACCUCUUACUUACAAUAAUAUCAUGUGCCUUUACACAAAUAUCAGACAGCAUGAGAAGGUAGCUGAUGUAAUGAGAGAGACGAAAGAGAACAAAGUCUCCCCUGACUACUUCAGCUACAGACUUUGCAUCAUUUCCUAUGGCGUAAGGUCUGAUCUUGAGGGAAUGGAAAGAAUUUUGAAGGAGAUGCGGAGUCAAAAAAACAUUAACAUGGAUUGGAAGAUAUAUGCCAAUGUUGCCCAUUUUUACAUAAAAGCAGGUCUCACUGGAAGGGCAAUUGAUGCUCAAAAAUCAGAACAGAAGCUAGGUAAUAAAGUUGGAACUGCAUGCAGUCAUCUAAUAUCACUAUAUGCAAGAUUGGGAAAUAAAGCUGAGCUCUUGAGAGUAUGGAGUCUAAAGAAAGCUUUUAGUAUAAUGUAUACAAACAUGAACUCUAUUACUAGGCACAACGCGUAUAGAAACAUGGUUGCUACUAUGCACGAAAGACUUAUGGAGCUUGAUUCAUACGAAGAAGCUCCGGAAGUAUGGGACGAGAUGCUAUCAUGUGGCACCAAGGACUUUAUUACUAUGCUCCAAACUCUUGUGGAGCUCGAUGCGUUUGAAGAAGCUGAGAAAGUACUCGAGGAUUGGGAAUCAUUUGGCAGCUGUCAUGAUUUUCAGGUACCAAAUAUCGUCAUUUUUGGCUAUGCUCAAGAGGGUCUACAUGAAAAGUCAGAAGCAAUACUUGAAAACCUGAUGGAAAAAGGUAAGGCUACCUCUGGUCACAGUUGGGGCGUUGUGGCUGCAGGUUACCUAGAUAAAGGUAAGGUGAAAAAAGCUUUGGAGUGUAUGAGAACUGCGUUAUCUACCCCUUCGGUUUGGGAUCCGUGGAGACCUGACCUUAGGGUGAUUUCAAGCAUCUUGGAUUGGAUAGGAGAUGAAGGCAGUAUUCAAGAUAAUAACCCCUUCGGUUUGGGAUCCGUGGAGACCUGACCUUAGGGUGAUUUCAAGCAUCUUGGAUUGGAUAGGAGAUGAAGGCAGUAUUCAAGAUGCGGAAGAUUUCGUUGCGUCGUUGAGGAAAGUCAUUCCAGUUAACCGGAAAAUGUAUCAUGCCUUGUUAAGGUCAAC